UGAGAUGGCGAUGAGAUCCCAAUGUGGGCGAUCGUGAUUCUAGCAGUGGCUGCCGAUGGAGCUUCCUCCAAUUCCAUUUUGAUCGCCAGGGAACUCCUCCGCGACGUCAAUCACAAGAAGCCGAGCACCGAGAAUCGUUCUAGCCCCUCUUCUUUCCCCGAUUUCUACACCCACGCGCUCAAAUCCUGCAAGGAUCUCUCCCAUGCCCGGCAAAUCCACGCAAAGAUCGCCGGCGGCCAGCACAGGAAGAACCGAUACCUCGCCAAUCUCAUCAUCCAAAUGUACGGUCGAUGCGGUAGCGUGGAGGAAGCGCGCGGCGUUUUCGACGGCCUGGAUGAGCCCAAUGUUUUCUCCUGGACGAUCAUUAUUGCGGCAUAUGCCAAGAAUGGGCAUCUGUACGAGGCGAAGUGUUUGUAUGAUGUUAUGCCAGAUAAGGAUGUAGUAUCGUCUAACUCGAUCAUAGCACUCUACGCACAGCGUGGAAACAUUCGAAUGGCAAGAUAUCUGUUUGAUCUUAUGCCGAGAAGAGAUAUCAUAUCUUGGAACUCUAUGGUCACAGCGUAUGCCUCAAACGGGCAUUUGUUAGAAGCUCGGAGGCUCUUCAAUGAGAUGCCGGAAAGAGAUGUUGUGUCUUGGAACGCGUUGAUGAGCGGAUACUCACAAGGGGGAUUUCUUCGCGAAGCUCGAAGCUUGUUUGAAUCCGUUCCUGAUCCAAACAUUGUCACCUUGAACGCUAUGAUCACUGCUUACGUCCAGGCCGGCGAUCUCCCUGGAGCUGAGGAAACGUUUGAGAGCAUGGAGUUUCACGACGCAGUGUCAUGCACGGCCAUGAUCACAGGGCAUUCGCAGCAGGGAAACGUCCGUGCCGCAAGAGCAAUCUUUAACUCGAUGCCAGAGAACGAGCGCGAUUCGAUCGCGUGGAAUGCGAUUGUGGCGGCAUAUGCACAAGUUAAGAAACUAGAAGAAGCGAUGAAACUUUUUCUUCAAAUGCCGCAUAAGGACAUGGUGUCGUGGAAUGCAAUUGUCUCAGCUUAUGCCCAGGCAGGGCAUAUGCUAGAAGCAAAGCAGAUCUUUGACGAUAUGCCCAAACACAACAUUGUCUCGUGGAGUGCUCUGAUUUCGGGGUAUGCGCAAAAUGGUCACAGCCGCCAAGCCAUCACUCUCUUCAAAACCAUGGAUCUCGAAGGCAUCCAACCAAACGAAGUAACUUUCGUCAGUGUUCUCGACGCCUGUGCUAGCGCGGUGGCGUUUCUCGAAGGAAGGCUCAUCCAUGAAGACGUGGUGGCGGCGGGGCUUCCACUCAAUCUUCAAAUCGCGAAUGCUCUGCUCGAUUUGUAUGGAAAGUGUGGCAAAGUGUGGCUUGCUUUGGGGAUCUUCUAUGGAAUGCCUUACCAGGACGAGAUCUCCUGGACGGCCAUGAUCGCUGCUUACGUCCAGGCAAAGCUUCCAUCUCAAGCUUUGGAGCUGCUUCACUACAUGUCCGUGGAAGGAGUUCGUCCAAAUGCUGUGACUUACGUGGGAGUUUUCUCGGCUUGUAGCCACAAAGGAUCACUGGAAGUUGGGCAAGAACACUUCGCUCGCAUGCUUUGCGACUAUCAAGUAAAUCCCGUGAUGGAUCAUUACAAAUGCGUGGUUGAUCUCUUGGCCCGAGCUGGGAAAACGGGAGAUGCCGAGGACUUGAUCUUGGGGAUGCCUUUCGAGGCCGAUAUUGUGUCGUGGAUGACUUUGCUGAGUGCUUGUCGAGUGAAUGGCGAUCAAGAGCGAGGAGCUCGGGCAUCGCAGCAGCUUAGAGAGCUCGAUCCAAAGAAUGUAUCAUCGUUUGUUCUACUGUCAAACACGAUCGCCACAUAAAGAUCAAUUCUAUCCGAAUCUUUAGAAUCAAGUGUUCGUACUUUCCGGUACUAGCACAAUGAUAAAUGAAUGACCACGAAGACAUCGCAUAGAGCUCCAAAUGUUGGCGAAAUUGUAUGAACGUGCGGCCAUGUCACUGCCCUACCAACUUUUUAUAGAAUAGAAUGCUGUGAUGACGGAGGUUCCAUCUUUUAUUCGGUGAAA